AUGGUUAGCAUCCUGGGAUGGGAGUUUGGACGCGUCGGGUUUGAAGUUGUGUCUACAUCUGCAACUCUUGAUGUGAAACACUCUUGGAAAUGGAGUGAGCCGGAAAACAAUUGUAGCAUUUACAAUUUUUGUGGGAAAUUCGGCAGCUGCAAUAUUAACAAUAGACCAUUCGUAUGCAAAUGUUUGCCCGGGUUCCACCCAACUAAACCAAAGAAUUGGGAUUCUGAAGUUUUUUUGGAUGGGUGCACCAGCACUUCGACAUCUGACGAGAGCGACAAGUUCUUAAGCUUAAAGAUGAUGAAAGUGAGCAACCCAGACCCUGAUUUCAACGUGGAAAACGAAGAUGAAUGCAAACAGAAAUGCCUUGACAACAACCCGUGUCAGGCUUAUUCAUAUGAGGCAGCUCAAGAAAGCAAUCAACGAAUUGCUGGAACCGACAAAUGCUGGAUUUGGACUACGGAACUAAAUAAUCUUCAAGAGGAGUACACAAACGGUGGUCGUAACCUCUCUGUCCGCGUGGCAAAAUCCGUUAUAGGAUCAACUGCGCGGAUUUGUAAGCCUUGUGGCACAUACAUAAUUCCUUAUCCGCUGCGCACUGAACCAAACUGUGGUGAUCCCAUGUACUCUAGUUUCUACUGCAAUGAUUCCACAGGCCAGGUUAGCUUUAAGACGUCCAGUGGCACCUAUCGAGUCGUGAGUCUCGAUCCAACUAAACGGAAAUUCGUCAUCCUACUCAAUUCAACAGGAAUUGAUCCGAAGCUCAAUAAUUCAUUGCCAAUUAAUGCAACCAGGUGGUUUACCGUUGAUUCUGGCAACAAUGGUUCUGAAAUUAAAGAUGGAGUAGAGAUUAGCUGGAAAGCCCCGCUGGAGCCAAGUUGUAAUUCAUCCAAGGACUGCAGGGACUGGCCAAAUUCAAUUUGCAAUGUAACAAGAGAUCAUGGAGAGAAGAGGUGCCUUUGCACUGAAAACUUCCAUUGGGCUGACUCAAAUUGUACUAAAGAAAAUCAAAGAAAGCGAGCACUUCGUGCAUUAGACAGUGAAAAACAUGUCAAAGACUUGAUAGACUCGGGUGAAUUCACGGAAGAAGAUAAGAAAGACAUAGAUGUACCUUUUUUUGAUUUGGAAAGCAUUCUCGCAGCUACAAACAAUUUCUCAGAUGCAAACAAGCUUGGAGAGGGGGGCUAUGGGCCAGUUUACAAGGGCACAUUUUCAGGAGGUCAACAAAUUGCUUUAAAAAGGCUCUCAUGUGUCUCACAACAAGGUUUACAAGAAUUUAAAAGUGAGGUGGUGUUGAUUGCAAAACUUCAACAUAGAAAUCUUGUUAGGCUUCGGGGAUAUUGCUUAAGAGGAGACGAAAAGAUUUUACUCUAUGAGUACAUGCCCAACAAAAGCUUAGACUCAUUUAUAUUUGAUCAAAAGGAGAGCAUGCGUUUGGAUUGGGAAAUGCGUGUCAAAAUCAUUUUGGGAAUAGCUCGUGGGCUUGUUUAUCUUCAUCAUGACUCCAGAUUGAGGAUUAUCCAUAGAGAUCUGAAAACCAGUAACAUUCUUUUAGACGAGGAGAUGAACCCCAAAAUAUCCGACUUUGGCUUGGCAAGGAUGAUUGAAGGCAAAGAAACCGAGGCUAACACAACCAAAGUAGUUGGAACUCAUGGCUAUAUGUCUCCGGAGUAUGUAUUACAUGGACUUUUCUCAAUUAAAUCCGAUGUUUUUAGUUUUGGUGUAGUUCUACUUGAAAUAAUAAGUGGGAAAAAGAAUACAGGAUUUUAUCAGUCAGAACUUGCUAUGAGCCUUAUAGCUUAUGCUUGGAGAUUGUGGGUAGAAAACCAGGUGUUGGAUUUAAUGGAUUUGGCUCUACAUGAAGUUUGCAAUGCAGAUCAAUUUGUGAAGUGUGUAAAUGUUGGACUCUUAUGCGUACAAGAAGACCCAAAUGAUCGCCCCACCAUGUCAAAUGUUGUUGCCAUGCUUGAUAGUGAAGCUACAACAGUUCCAACUCCAAAACAGCCAGCAUUUGUUCCAUGGAGAGGCCAACCUAUCAGAGCUAGUUCUUCUAGUAAACCAGAAUUAACCAAUAGUUUAGGAGGAAGAUGAUCGAUAAUGUAUGAUACCAAUGCAGGUUCUCGUGAGUUUGUCCUUUACUACACUUGCAAAGGUUCUAUUAUAUGGACCAAACAUUUGAUAUCAAUUCUGGUAGAGAAACCAAGCUGCUCGUAGAUAUGGCGCUCACCAAAAAAAUCUCAUGUAGUAUUUUGGACUGUGGGACCGUGGGUUAUCAUUCCUUUGCUUAC